AUGUAUAUAAACACUGUAUCUAAUAAUUCUAAUGCUAUUGCUUUUAAUUCUUUUAAUAAUUCUGGUACUAUCACUUCUAACAUUUUUGAUAAUUCUGAUACUAUCGUUUUUGACAUUUUUGAUAAUUCUGAUACUAUCACUUCUGAUGUUUUGGAUAACUCUGACACUAUCAUUCUUGAUAGUUUUAACAACUCUAAUAUUAUUGCUCCUAAUAUCAGUGCAGAUAACUUUGAUAAUAUUGUUUCCAAUGAUCUUAAUACAAGUAUUUCUGAUUCCGAUAGUAUUUCCUAUAAUGAAAACGAGUAUGAUGUUAAUAAUGGCUCUGAGGUAAUAAUGUAUGACCUUGAUGAAGUUCAUGAAAUUAUUGCCAAUAAAUUUGAAGAAUCAGAAAUUUUUAAUGAGCCUAUAAAAUUUAUCCUUAAAGUCAAGUUAGAUCAAGACCUUCUUGCUGAAUUAUUGUUAGAUCAAGAAAAUUUAAUAAACAUAACUAAUUUAAAGACAAUUGAAAUAAGAUUUGGGCAACUUGCAUCUAUACUUAUUAUAUUACUCGAAUCCGGAUCUGGCUAUUACUGA